CAGUCACAAUUCUCAAUGCCACCAAGCUUUUAAUACAAAUACCAGACCACCUCUGCCCCCAGCAAUGGCGCCUCCUAUAACAGUAUAACUCCAUCCCUCCAUAGUCCAUAAACAAUCAGCAGCAUUUCCCACAUCUGAUCUCUCCUUAGCUCCCUAGAAACCCAGACCACGAAGGAGGAAACCAUGGACAAUUCUCCCCUGAAGACAACGAUCUCCUUCUGUUCGUCUCCUCGCGAUCAGCAUUACUAUCCCGACCAACCUUUCCCCGCCGACGAAAUCUCAGCCUUCCUCCACCAAUUCCUCCUCCUCCACCCCCAAUCCUCCUUCUAUCCGCCGCCGUUCACUCCCCAGGCUCAGUCGUUUUCGACUCCGGUCAACGCCGGGAGCUCUGUUCUCGACCCGGCCCGUGACCGACAAUUCCCCAAUAACCUGAUCCAUUUCGGCGGGAACAUUGGUGAUUUCAGCAACGGCGUCGGCGGGAACGAACCUCCCGAUGGACGUGAAGCCGAAAGAGAGGAAGCUCCGGCGGAUGAGUUAUUGCCACCGCCGAAGCCGCCUUCUAAAAGAACCCGUGCCGCCGAAGUCCACAACUUAUCCGAAAAGGUCGGACGCCCAUUUCUUCUUCUUCUCCUUAUUCCUUCAUUGUUUUGCGUCGUUUCAAAUGGUGAAACUGAUUUUGUUAUUGAUGACGGCAUGGUGGAACAGAGGAGGAGAGGUAGAAUUAACGAGAAGAUGAAAGCCCUGCAGAAGCUCAUCCCCAACUCCAACAAGACGGACAAGGCUUCAAUGCUUGAUGAAGCAAUUGAGUACCUGAAGCAGCUCCAGCUCCAAGUCCAGGUGCUGUCAAUGAGAACUGGAGCGGCGGGGUUGCAUCAAAUGAGCCACAACAACAUUGCCGAAUCCUUCCUGCAGCAGCAAGCUCGUCAACCACUGCCUGCUUCUCGACUCGUGAAGGUCAAGGCAGAAGAAGCUGUUUCUCCGAUGGAUGAACAGAAAUCCCCUGCUGCUGCAAAUGGAGCGGUGAUUAAGCUGGGGAGACAGAGCUCUGCUGCAUCGAAUGUAACCCAUUCGAUGAUCCGUUCUUCCUACUACUGAGCUUGGUCUAGUAACUGCUCAGUUUGCUAGCGGAGAUCGAUGCAGAAGCCUUUUUUAAAGCUCAACAUUUUGCUUCUGCGUUGCCAUUGAUGUUCUGUUUCAAAGCUUUAGUAGGGUUCUAAUGUAGCUGCCUGUAGGUUGUGUUCUGCUUUUGUACAUGGGUUUUCCCGUCCUUACAUAUAGAAGGCGAGGAAGACCUCUCUAGGAAGUGCUUGGGCUUCUCGACAAGGAAAAGGAAACAUCACACGUGU